GCAGCCGGGUAGGGCGGAGCCAGCGGGCUGGGUCGGGAUCUCCCGGGCCGCGGUUGCUGCCCCGUCUGCUCGCUGCGGCCCCGCACUAAGACCAUGUACUGGCGCCGCGCAGCGCUCGUGGGGACUCGGCUCAUCCCGGUCAGGAGCAGCUCAGCCGGCCGGCUUGAGGGGCCAGCGGGAAUUUCGGGCUCCGGGAUGGGGAACAGCAUAUCGUCAUCUUUGGGAAACGCAGCAACUGCUCCCAUGAAUCAGAUCCAAGAGACCAUUUCUAAUAAUUGUGUGGUGAUUUUCUCCAAGACAUCCUGUUCUUACUGUACAAUGGCAAAAAACCUUUUCCAUGAUAUGAAUGUUAACUAUAAAGUGGUGGAACUGGACAUGCUUGAAUAUGGAAGUCAGUUUCAAGACGCUCUUCACAAAAUGACUGGCGAAAGAACCGUACCACGAAUAUUUGUCAAUGGAACUUUUAUUGGAGGUGCAACUGACACUCAUAGGCUUCACAAAGAAGGGAAAUUGCUUCCACUAGUUCACCAGUGUCAUUUAAAAAAAAGUAAGAGGGAAGAACUUUAGUGAUAGCGAUAGCAGGAUGGACACUUCCAGCAAAGGUCUCGUUAUCAGUGAAUACAAUGAAGACAUCGGCAGCUGUAUUUGUCUUUUGAGCCCAGAUCAUUGGAAGAGAGCAAUCAGUUCCACCUGCUGGGAUCUAACUCAGAAUAAAAACAUGGUCUUAAAUGCUCUCAUUUCCAUACUGAGAUGUCCGAAAUAAUUAAAUACUUAAAAAUACUA